AGUCAAAGCUCGUCAAUACAACAAUGAACAAUUGAUGCUACAACAACAAAGUCAGCAGCAGCAGCAGCAGCAGCAGCAAAAUGAAUUAGAGUAUGAAAAUUGGGUGCCACCUGAUAGAUUGCAUGCUAUCGGAUCAUUCGUUACAGGUGCUUCUUAUGAUGAAAUUAACCGUGAUAUUGCACUUGCUAGUGCUCGUCCCUAUCCAACUUACGCAUACCCUUACAACAAACGAGUCCAACAUUCGCAUACACCUCAUCUCAUUUAUUCAGACAAUGAGUCUAAAAGCGUGUCUGAAGAAGAGCCCACAGCAGCAGUAGCAGCAGCCACAGAAGCAACAAGAGCAGCCUCUGUACCAGUACCAGCAACAUCUACCUUCACACCAGCACCGUCCACCUCGGAUGUUCAUCCUCAUACUGCAGCAUUUAGCCCAUAUACCAACCAGCCAUCUCAACCAUACCAUAGUCCACAAGCCCAAACCCUUACCUACAGCCAUCCCCAUCCUAGCCCCUCGCUUUAUCCAACCCCAAAUCAUCAUAGCGCAAGUCAACUCCCCUCUAUUCAUCGUUAUACUUACGAUAGCAAUAGCAGUAGCCGAACAGCCAUGUCUCCAGCACCUCCACGUCUUUCCUAUCAUCUACCCAUCACUUACCAGGCGGGCCUUCAAUCACCUGUCUAUCAUCAUGCAGCUACGAUGACUCCUGCUCCCUAUGGAAAUGACGAGCCACCCGUCGGUUGGCGUUCAGGAGAAAGAACGGACUGGUAUCGACCCCGCACAGCUGCCUAAUUAUCUUUCUCCUCUUUUAUUUAUGAUGAUACAAUUGCUCCUAUGAGCGACAUGAUUCUUCUUUUGUUGGGGACUGACUUUUGCAAGCCGUUCUGUCUCCCGUCUUUCCAGCCUUCAUCUGCAUGUAUUUCAUUAUGUAAGGUAGACUUAUUUCUCUUGGGUGUUCUAUUAAGUUCUAGAAGCUUUCAAAAGUUUGUUAAAAAAACCAUUUUUUAUUCCGUUCUCUCUUCUCUCCCGCCCCCCUCCCCGCCAUUUUGAAUAAUAAUAAAAGAAAAUAUCUCCGACUUUGUUCUUUUUUCACUGA